AAUAGAAGCUGGACAAUGGAGUAUCACAUCUUUCCUUUGCUGCUCCUCAUCUUGACUCUGGAGUCUGGUCUGGGAGAAACAAACAAUGGAUUCCUCAUCUCGGCUCCCAGUGUGUUCCAUGUGGGCGUUAAAGAGAAAGUAUUUGUCCAGGUGGAAAAUUCUAUGUUCAACGUACCUAUUACUCUCUACCUGGAAAGUGGGAUUAAUACAGAAGUGACGUCCAGGAGGGUUCAGGCUACAUGCACUGAGGAUGAACCAACCAAAACUGUGGAGCUCAUCAUUGAAAGGGACAAGAUGCCAGUGCUCUCCGAAUUUAAAAGUAGUCCUCCAUACUUUUUGCUGGUGGCAGAAAGCCCACAUUUCAAUGAACGGAAAAUGACAAGGGUCUUGGUCUCUAAACACAGGGGCUAUAUUUUCAUUCAGACUGAUCAGCCAAUCUACAACCCAACACAGCGAGUGCAUUACAGGAUAUUCACUCUUGAUCAUACAAUGAGGCCGCAUGAGGAAUUUUUCCAGUUAUCACUGUUUAACCCUGCUGGAAACAGAGUAAUGAAGGUGGACAGAAGAGCAAAGGGAGGAAUAUACAGCGGCACAUUGAACAUACCAGAUGUCUCUGAAAUGGGUACAUGGAAGAUUACAGCCCAUUAUGACGGUGAUAAAGAAAAUGCUGCUGCUCGAGAAUUCAAAGUCCAGAAAUUUGUUUUACCAAGUUUUGAGGUGAACAUCAGAAUGAAGCAAAGCUAUCUUUUGCUGGACACUGAAGAGUUUAACUUAACCAUCUCAGCCUUGUACACAUAUGGGGAGAAGGUCAAAGGUGCUUUCCACACUCGAUGUGGGGUGGUGAAAAAGGGCUUUAGUGGUGGUAAAACAGAGAAGCCUGUCUUUCUCAAGGGAUUGGAGUCAACUGGUUCGGUCCAGGAUGGGACAGCAACAGUUACACUCAAGACAGCUGAUAUAAACAGGCAACUCCAAACUCAGCACAGGAAUACCCUCUCUGAUUUACAGGAGAAUGGAUAUGAGCUAUAUUUUGCUGUGACUGUCACCAACAUACAAAGUGGUGAACUACAAGAGGCAGAAAUUUUCCUUCCCAUUGUCUCCCAACGAUACACCAUUGACCUGUCUCGAACUCGCUCAUUUUUCAUUCCUGGAAUUCCACUAGAUGUGGUGGUGAUCACACGUCUCCCAGAUGGCUCCCCAGCAGCUAAUGUGCCAGUAAAGAUUAAUGCACCAACAUCCCAUGAAAGGUUCAGACAAGUCACCACCAACCAGCAGGGGGCAGUGUUUGCUGUCUUCAAUUUUCCCUCUGGAGACGGUGCUGCAGGCGAGGUAACCAUUGAUGUUAGUAUCACCAGCGAAGGCCUGCAAGAGAGCAAAGUCAUCCAACGUGCCUCGUCACCACAUGGCUCCUACCUGUACCUGAGCAUUACCAACAGGAUGCACACUGUGGGAGAGUCCCUUUCUGUUACAUACCAAACUUUAAAUGGCAGUCCACGUAGAGACCUCAUAUACUACAUGGUCUUUAGUCGAGGGAUACUGGUGAAACAUGGUUCCCUCAGAUCUGGAACAGUAACUAAAGACAACCUGCCAAUAACACCUGAUAUGGCUCCAUCCUUCCGUCUGAUUGGUUACUACUACAACAAGCAUGGUGACGUCAUUGCUGACUCUGUACGGGUAGAUGUAGAGGAUAUGUGUCAGGAGAAGGUCAAGGUGUCUACACCAUUCCAUCAAUAUAACCCUAGAUCAACUGCAGAACUAAUAAUUGAUUUGCCUGAUGAGAAAGCCAAAGUGGCCUUGCUGGCAGUGGACAAGGCCAUCUAUGCUCUCAAGGCUGAUAAUAAACUCACAGCCAAGCAGGUGUUUUCCUCCAUGCAGUCAUAUGACCUUGGUUGCUCAUAUGGUGGAGGAGCUGACCCCGAAUCCACAAUAAAUGAUGCUGGCCUGACUUUUAUAUCUCGGUCUAUGAACUCACUACAGAGACAGGGGUUUGGCUGCAACUUACCUCUUGUACGGCAAAGACGCUCUUUGGACCUGCAACAGGAAAUGAUGAAAAUAAAAACUAACUACUCCAGUGAGAAGUUGCAAAAUUGUUGUGUUCAUGGCUUCACUCUCAUCCCCAUGAAGCGAACGUGUGAGGAAAGGGCUCAGAGGGUCUCUCAGCUAGAUGCAGACCCUCUCUGUGCAGAGGUCUUCCUUGACUGCUGCCGUCAGGGAGAAAAGCUGAGACAGAGGAAGAGACAAGAGGAUGCCCAGCAAGAACUUGGGAGAACUGCCAGUGCAUUGGACAUUGAGGACUACUUUUCUGACACCGCCAGGCAUAACAUUCGGCGAUAUUUCCCUCCAAGCUUUGCAUUUAAAGUAUAUGACGUGAAUGGCAAAUUAAGUCACCGUCUGACUCUACCUGAUUCCAUCACCACCUGGGAGAUUCAAGCAAUCAGCUUAUCUCCAUCAUAUGGAUUUUGUGUAGCAAAACCAUGGGAGUUUAGAGCAUUUAAGGACAUAUUUGUGUCUCUGAGAUUGCCUUACUCAGUGAAAAAAUAUGAGCACAUAGCCAUCACACCUGUCAUCUACAACUAUAAAGAUGACCCUGUACAGCUGGCAGUCCACAUGGAGCAAACUAAAGGGCUUUGUUCUCCUGGUUCAGCCACUUCUACAGCUUUUGUUAACAUUACCAUGGAGCCCCAGUCUUCCCAAUUUGUCACUUUCUCUGCGGUCCCCAUGGUAACAGGUGAAAUACCCAUCAAGAUACACAUUUAUGAUAUAGAGCAAGAGGCAGGAAUGGAUGCAAUUGAAAAGACUUUGAACGUUUGGGCUGAGGGUAUAGAGCACAGAGAGGAGAAAACUCGUUUGGUCAAACUAGACGGGGAGAAUGAUGACUCAUUCAUCAUUGAUGGAAUGCUUCCAGAUGACACAGUUCCUGAAUCCGGCUCCAAUAUCUUUAUUGAGAUGGAAGAGGAUGGAUUUAGCCAGGCAACUGUGAGGAAACUCCUCUCUCCUAAGGGGGUUGCUGCUAUGCUCAGAAUGCCUACCGGAUGUGCAGAACAGACAAUGACGAAACUAGGCCCCACUGUCUUUGCCCUCCGCUACCUUGACGUUAAUCAGCUGUGGUUUGAGCUGCCUGUUGGUACCAGAGAUGAGGCUCUUAAUUUCGCAGAGAGAGGUUAUCUAAGAAUGUUGACUUAUAAAAAAUCUGAUGGAUCUUAUGGACCAUGGUGGUCACGGCCAUCUAGUGCUUGGGUGACUGCCCAUGUAGUGAAAGUGAUGUCCUUGGUGGCAGAACGUCAGUCAGUGGCUACUGGAGAGCAGGGGAGGAGGUCUACAGCUGUAUCUGCAGAGGAAAUCAGUCAAUCAGUCGGCUACUUGCUCUCAGUACAGAAACCUGAUGGGUCAUUCACUGACCCAAAUCCAGUGAUGCACAGAGGAAUGAAGGGAAGAAUUGGAGACAGAGAUGAAGAUGCAUCCAUGACAGCUUUUGUGACACUCGCACUGAACCGGGCACUUCAGUUCACAAGAGAGGACCAGCAGAACAAUGUGGAAGCAAGCAUUCUAAAAGCAACAAUGUACCUUCAGUCACAUGUUGAUGAGCUUGAGAACCCCUACGCUGUUGCCAUUGCAGCCUUCUGCCUCUCAGUUUGCCUGUCAGAUAAAACACAGGCUUCACCGGCCUGGAACAAACUCCAAGCACUGGCUACUGAAGUGACAAAUGGGUGCCGUGUAUGGAAAGAUAAUGCUGAAGUGGAACAGGCCGCCGUCACAGUGGAAACCACGGCUUAUGCCCUCCUAACCGCAGUAACACUUGGGGAAUCUGAGUGGGCAGACAGUGCAGCCUGCUGGUUAACUUCACAAGAAAGACUUGGAGGAGGUUUCAGCUCAACACAGGAUACCUUUAUAGCCUUGGAAGCCCUCUCAGAGCAUGAGCUGAACAGGCCUACAAGGGCCUUCACAAAAGUGGGAGCAAGGUUCACUGUUCCAGGAAAGAGUGACAAAAUAGAGCUGUCUCUGGAAAACAGGAGGGAGAGAGUGGAAUCAGAGCUGAAGAAAAUGAUUGGGAACAACAUCAAUGUGGUGGUAACAGGAGAAGGGAGUGUCAAACUGAAAGUUGUAAAGGCUUAUCAUUUACUGGAGCCUAAGGAUCACUGUCAGGAACUGUCAAUCAAUGUCAAAGUGGAGGGGAAAGUGAAGUACACUACUACAAUCAUGGAAAAUUAUGACUACUAUGAAUAUGAAGACUAUGAUGCAGCGAAAAAGGAUCGAGUCCCACGGUCAGCUAUUGAGUGGUUUGAUGCUCGUACCCGCUACAGGAGAGAUACUGAUGACAGCUCAAAGUCACAAGACACUGUUACCUAUGAGGUCACCAUCAGUCACGACCUAAGCAGGAAUCUCACAGGAAUGGCCAUUGCUGACAUCACACUUCUGAGUGGUUUUGAGGCUGUAACUGAGGAUCUUGACAGGCUAAAACAGCCGCCAGAAGAAUACAUUUCUCAUUAUGAGGUCACCUAUGGAAGAGUAGUGAUCUAUUUCAAUGAGUUAGUAAACAGCAGUGAGACUAUUAAAUUUGACGCUAUCCAGAGGGUGCCAAUUGGCCUUUUACAGCCUGCUCCUGCCACAUUCUAUGACUAUUAUGAACCAAACAGAAGGUGUACUGUGGUCUACUCUGCCCCCAAAAGAAGCAAGAUGGUCUCCAAACUGUGUUCAGGGGAUGUGUGCCAGUGUGCAGAAAGACCCUGUCAUAAACAAAAAAGUGUAUUUGAGAAAGUCAACGGUAAAAGGAUCACACUGGAUGACCGUUUACAACAUGCUUGCUUCUUCCCGACUGUGGAUUACGGAUACAUUAUUGAAGUUCUCAGUCUGUCUGUGAAGAGCAACUUUGAGCUUUACACUGCUAAUGUAACCGAGGUACUCAGAGCACAUGGAGAUAUUCAUGUAGCUGAAAAUGCUAUUCGAGUGUUCGCCAAGAGGCUUCAGUGUAAAGGACAGCUGGAGACAGGCAAACGCUAUCUCAUCAUGGGCAAAGAUGGCACCACAACCACCUCAAAUGGACAGAUGCAGUAUCUGUUGGAAUUAAACACCUGGGUUGAACAAGUGCCUGAAGAGAGAAAAUGUAGAGGAUUCUCCUACAAAAAGGCCUGCAAAGCAUUUGAUGAUUUUGUAUCUGAGUACAAGGUAGAUGGCUGCAGACAGUGAAUGUUCACAAAACUGGCAUAAGUUUGAUUUUCCUGCAUGUUACAUGUACAAUAAACCGCAUUAAUUACCCAUGACAUGUACAGUCAACAUGGAUGCUAAGGUAUAUUUUGUCCAGUAUGCUUUUUAAUGGCUCUGUAAUAAAAGUCACAAAUUACCUGCUACAGAUCACAGAAAGGGCACCCUUAUAACCCUUAUGUCAUUUUUUAGCAGUGUUAUCAGAUUAUUAA